CAGACGAAAAAAUGGCAAAAAAGAAAGCAUUCACUCCUCUUUUCUAUCUUGCAUCUAUAGUAUUUUUGCCCUGGUGGAUUUCUUUCUCAGUUAAUAAAUGUCUGGAAUCUUGGGUUACUAAUUGGUGGAAUACUGGGCAAUCCCAAAUUGUCUUGAAUAAUAUUCAAGAAAAGAGUCUUCUAGAAAAAUUCAGAGAAUUAGAGGAACUCCUCUUCUUGGACGAAAUGAUCAAGGAAUACUCGGAAACACAUCUCGAAGAGUUUGGGAUAGGAAUCCAUAAAGAAACGAUCCAAUUAAUCACGAUACAAAAUGAGAAUCGUAUGGAUACGAUUUUGCACUUCUCAACAAAUAUCAUCUGGUUUGGUAUUCUAAGCGGGUAUUCAAUUUUGGGUAAGGAAAAACUUGUUAUUCUUAACUCUUGGGCUCAGGAAUUCCUAUAUAACUUAAGUGACACAGCAAAAGCUUUGUGUCUUCUUCUAGUAACUGAGUUUUUUCUCGGAUAUCAUUCACCCCCAGGUUGGGAAUUCGCUAUACGCUCUAUCUAUAACGAGGUUGGAGUUGUUGCGAAUGAGCAAACUAUAACUAUUCUUGUUUGCAUCCUUCCAGUAAUUUUUGAUACAUGUUUUAAAUAUUGGCUUUUCCGUUAUUUAACUAGUCUGUCUCCGUCAAUUUUACUGAUUUAUGAUUCAAUAACUGAAUGAUAAAGGAUCCAUUGAUAUUAAUCUAAUCCAAUUAGAAUGCUUGGUACUUUGUAGUUGUACAUAAGCAAAGUAUUGAAAAUCAUAUUUACUCUUCCUAUUUCUAACCAUCGGGAAGAUUCAUCCUAGAUUAUUCCAGCAAAUAGCAGAAUCGUGGCUAGGGAACUAUACUAGCGACCUACCCAAUUUAUUGUAGAAAUUUUCGCGAUCAAUGAUUGGACCAUGCAAACUAGAAAUGCUUUUUCUUGGCUAAAGAAACAGAUUACUCGAUCUAUUUCCGUAUCGCUCAUGAUAUAUAUCUUAACUCGGACGUCCAUUUCAAGUGCAUAUCCCAUUUUUGCACAGCAGGGUUAUGAAAAUCCACGAGAAGCGACUGGGCGUAUUGUAUGUGCCAAUUGCCAUUUAGCUAAUAAGCCCGUGGAAAUUGAGGUUCCACAAGCGGUACUUCCUGAUACUGUAUUUGAAGCAGUUGUUCGAAUUCCUUAUGAUAUGCAACUGAAACAGGUUCUUGCUAAUGGUAAAAAAGGGGGGUUGAACGUCGGGGCUGUUCUUAUUUUA